CAGUGAGGAAGAUGAUGACUUUCAAUAUAUGGAUCAUGACUAUGAAGUACCACAGCAAAAAGUUUUUAAGAAGAUAUGUAACAAGCUGAAAUGGACACGUGAUGAGGAUGAAAGACUAAAGAAGCUGGUGGAACAAAAUGGUACAGAUGAUUGGACUUUCAUUGCUAGUCAUCUACAAAAUCGUUCCGACUUUCAGUGCCAGCAUCGAUGGCAGAAGGUACUAAACCCAGAACUGAUUAAAGGUCCCUGGACUAAAGAAGAAGAUCAGAGGGUUAUUGAAUUAGUUCAGAAGUAUGGUCCAAAGCGCUGGUCUCUAAUUGCAAAACACCUGAAAGGAAGAAUAGGCAAGCAGUGCAGAGAGAGAUGGCAUAACCAUCUCAAUCCUGAGGUAAAAAAGUCUUCAUGGACAGAAGAAGAGGACAGAAUAAUCUAUGAAGCUCACAAGCGUUUGGGAAACCGAUGGGCUGAAAUAGCAAAACUUCUUCCUGGAAGGACUGAUAAUUCGAUUAAAAAUCACUGGAAUUCAACAAUGCGAAGAAAGGUGGAACAGGAAGGAUAUUUACAAGAUGAUAUAAAGACUGAAAGAGAUAGUUUGUCCGAACUUCAACCCCAACCUUGUCUGACUGUGGAACACUUGCACACUCAGAAUCAGUUUUACAUACCUGUUCAGACACAUAUUCCAGCAUACCAGUAUGCCUCACCAGAAGGCAGCUAUCUAGAGCAUGCUUCAGCUUCUGCCAACUUAGUUCAGCAACCAUUUAUUGAUGACGAUCCUGAUAAAGAAAAGAAAAUAAAGGAACUUGAAUUGCUCCUUAUGUCAGCAGAGAAUGAAAUCAUAAGGAAGAGAGUGUCUUCU